UGCUUCUUCCCACCCGUCAUCAUCACCGCCACUCGUCCAGGAGAAAGAGCCUCACGGUCAGACGAUGUUUUAGUAACGUUAGCUUAGCUGGGUGUAAGUUAGUUAGCGACGUUGAAGCACUUCUGUCCGGCAGACACCGCUGCGUCCUUCUCCUCUUUGUUAAACAGAAUUUUGUGCUGCCAGCUCCGGGUCCUCCUCCUUGGGGAGAAAAAGCGCCUACUGGGCUUCAGUGCGGGAAAAAAAAGAAGAGUGCUGGAGAAGAAGACCGAGCUAAGUCGGGCGUGGUAGCAAGGAAAAAUAAAACUAAUUUUUGUUAGCAAAACUUCCAAUAGUAGCACCCAUAAUGUCACUGUCGGUGCCGCAGAACGGAGUAAAGACGGAUAACGAGCCCGUUAUCGAGCUGUUUGUCAAGGCGGGAAGUGAUGGAGAGAGCAUUGGGAACUGCCCCUUUUCUCAGAGGCUCUUCAUGAUCCUGUGGCUCAAAGGAGUCGUCUUCAAUGUCACCACAGUGGACCUUAAGAGGAAGCCUGCAGACCUCCAGAACCUGGCCCCAGGUACACACCCGCCCUUCAUCACCUUCAACGGCGAAGUCAAAACUGAUGUCAACAAGAUCGAGGAGUUCCUUGAAGAUGUCCUCUGCCCACCCAAGUACAUCAAGCUCGGUGCAAGACACCCAGAGUCAAACACAGCUGGUAUGGACAUCUUCGCCAAGUUUUCAGCAUACAUUAAGAACUCCAAACCAGAUGCAAAUGAGGGUCUGGAGCGCGGACUUCUGAAGACCCUGCAGAAACUUGAUGAGUACCUCCACUCACCACUGCCCGAUGAGAUCGACCACAACAGCAUCGAGGACGUCAAGGUUUCCAAACGCAACUUCUUAGAUGGCGAUGAAAUGACCCUGGCUGACUGCAACCUGCUGCCCAAGCUGCAUAUAGUCAAGGUGGUGGCCAAGAAGUACAGAGGUUUUGACAUCCCCAAAGAGAUGACGGCCAUCUGGAAGUACCUGAACAAUGCUUACACGCGCGAAGAGUUCACCAACACCUGCCCCAGUGACAAGGAGAUCGAGAUUGCCUACGCAGACGUCGCCAAGAGGCUGGUCAAAUAAGCUCUCCUGUCCUGACAUCCCUCUCCCCAUAACCUCCCCCUCUACACACCCCUUACUCCUCCCCGUCCCAGGCACCAGGACUGAUGUGCUCAUUCACGAGAAAGAAAAAACUCUGGACUUCUUUUUCUUCUCUCCUCAUCUAGGGCAAAUCCCAAUGCAUGAACCCUUCUCGAUCAUUCCCCCCCUCUCCCCCUCCUCCCAUUCUCUGAUUUUUAGGAGACCUCUUUAGUUGAUUCAGCAAAAAGGUCACCAUUGUUCCAUUUUUCAUCACAAAUUGCUUUUUUUUUUUGUUUUUUUUCCAAUGAAUAUUGUGAGGCGUCGGAGAAGCAGCCAGACGUGUAUCAGUGCUUAUCAGUGCUGGGAGCCUCGUCAAGCACUCCCUGAUAAGUGACCUUCAAGCUGACCUUCUUGCUGCAUGCACAGGGAAGGUCACAAGCUUUUGUUAAUCCUCUGUUUAAUAUUGAAAUAGCUCUUCGCAGAAAUGCUAUAAAACGAACACUGAGAAGCAUUUUUCCUGUCUUUUGGCUUACUAAGAGGCAUUGUAAACAGUGUUGAAGCUUCAGUGGCUCAAGUAUUUGACAAGUUGAAGUAGAAGCCGACGCUAUUCCAAACCCGAGUGGUCGACAUAUGAAGUGAGAGAUGCUUUCUUUUAACUUUGAGCUGUUUUAAAAUAACUCAAGAUAAUUGUAAGUGCAGGUAAAGCUACCUGGUAUCCGUGCUCUAGUUUCCUCAUUGCCUCAAUUAGGCAAACGCCUCGUAGCUCGGCUCAGUAGAAGUGUAGAGAAUUUCCUGUACCAGCUGCACAACUCAGGAAAAAUACAACCUGAGGUGUAAGAAAUAUUUAACCAUAUGUAGCUUACAGAAGAAGUGUAGACCGGCCUUCUGUUUAUCACCACAUUGCCAUAUAAAGUGUUCAUUUAGACACUGAGCAGCACACACAGGCUCGCAGACUCUUUUCUUUUCUGAAGCAUGAAGGAAAGUCUUCACUUUGGUCGUGCUGACUGUAGCAGUAGUUUGCGUUACACGUGGCGGACCAAAAAGAGGCAUAUUAUUCUGAUCUCACUGUGGAUAGGAUGACUCCAACUUUGUAAACUAGUGAAGUCAAAGAGAAAAAAAAAAACAAACCACAAACUCUCACUGUUUCCUUUACCGUAGCUCACUGGAAUGAA